AUGGCAGCGUCGUCGGGGGUCAGAGAGGAGGGAGUGGAGACCUCCGGGGCUACUGUGAGGAGGGGUCCUGGGGUCUCGGGUAGCUCCGGACAGGGCUCCCCUGCCGAAGGCUCCAUUGACUACCCAUACUGGGCGGGAGCUCCCGGGGAGCCUUGCCAGUGGCCCUUCAGCCACUUCCGGCACCGCAGAGCUCCCGACCCCCGCGCUCCUGGCAGCGGCGUGGCGUCUCUGGCAGCAGGGCUUGGCUAUGACCCAUACAACCCGGGGCUGCCCCAGCCUCCUGAGGAAAGAGAGAAUGGCAUGCUGGGCCAAGGUAAUGGCAUACUGGAGCUGGUCAACCAAGCCAUUGAGGCUGUACAUGGCAAGAUAGAGCUGGAGCAGAGGCAUUACCAGGAGCUCCUGGAAAUGGCACAGAGACACGGUGCUGGGGCUUCAGCCCUGGCACCCUGCAGGCCUGCCACAAGCCUGGAUGAUGAUGACACCUUCUCGGCCCUCACUUAUACACCAGGUGGCCUGCUGAGCCCAGACUCAGGCUACCAGCCCACCCCACUGGCUGCCCCUGCUGUGCAAGGUCACAAGUUCUUGGCCCCUUCAGAGAGGGGUCAGGGCAGAGUUGGAGGGGGUACCAGUGCCCUGGAGUAUGUCCCCAAGGCUGUGGGCCAGCUGCCCUGCUGUGACCAACCUGUGUCUGGUGGCAAGUAUAUAGUGGACUGCUCAAAGCCAUCAACAGAUCUGGAGUAUGACCCACUGUCCAACUACUCAGUUCGGUGCCUUGGCAGGGCCAGUGCCAGGGAUGAGAGGGCCACCAAGCUUCCUCAAGGCUCUCCAGGUGCUGAGCCCUACACACCUGCCAUCAAGGAGCCCUGUGACCCCUUCGGCGGCUGUGAGGCCAGAUUCUCAGACUCAGAAGAUGAGGUGGCUAGGCCAGCAAAGGCUGAUGUCAGCAUCCCCAAGGCUGGGGCUGAACCUGAAAGCAAGGCACCUGGGAAACCUGCUUCCAAGGAGGGCCUGGAGCCAAUGGAGGGCAGCCUACCAGACACCAAGGAGAUAGCUGUGCAGCAUGAUGUGGAAGGCUUCCAGCAACCUCCAAAAGCAGCUGACACAGUAGCCAGGGCCUCUCACCAUGCUGGGGUCCCCAAGGAUGGCCGAGGAUCAAGAGAAGUUCGUCAGCGCUAUCUCAAACUCUUCAUCAAGGUGUGCCUCAAGUUCUGCCCGUCCAACCAGGAGGCCAUUGAGAAGGCACUGAACGAGGAAAAGGUGGUAUAUGAGCGCAGCCCCAGCAAGAACAUAUACCUGAACGUCGCUGUGAACACCCUGAAGAGGCUGAGGGGCCUAGUCCCCAGCAUGCCCAGCCUCAGCAAAGCCAGUGACCGCAGAGUUGUGUCCCACGAGGUGGUGCUGGGAGGCAGAUUGGCAGCCAAAACCAGCUUCUCACUGAGCCGCCCCAGCAGUCCAGGGGUGGAGGAGCUGAAAGGGAAUGCCUUAUACAGCCGUCUCAGGGAGUACCUGCUCACUCAGGAGCAGCUCAAGGAGAACGGCUACCCCUUCCCCAACCCAGAGCGCCCGGGGGAAGGGGAGGGCGCCAUCAUCUUCACAGCUGAGGAGAAGAAGCCUAAGGACCCCUCCUGCAGAAUUUGUUGUCGCUUUGUGUCCUCCUCGGGCCGCUGUGUGUGCAAUGAGGAGUGCUACUACCACUGAGUGACUGGGAGCUGGGAGACCCAGGAUAUGUGCUGCUCAGCUGGGGUUGGCUCUGUGGGCUGUCAGGUUGCCAAGCAACACGUGCAGGAUGGCCGGAAGGAGAACCUGGAGGGCUUUGUGUGCACCUUCCAGAAGGAGCUGCCCAAAGAUUCCCAGGUCUUUGCCCUAGACUGUGAGAUGUCCUAUACUACGUAUAGCCUGGAGCUGACCCGCGUCACAGUUGUGGACACAGACAUGCAGGUCGUGUAUGACACCUUUGUCAAGCCUGACAACGAAGUUGUCGACUACAACACCAGGUUCUCGGGGGUGACGGAGGCCGACCUUGUGGACACAAGCAUCACACUGCGGGACGUGCAGGCCGUCCUGCUGAGCAUGUUCAGCACUGACACCAUCCUCAUUGGACAUAGCCUGGAGAGUGACCUGCUGGCCCUCAAGAUUAUCCAUGGCACGGUGGUGGACACAUCAGUGCUGUUCCCGCACCGCCUGGGCCUGCCCUACAAACGCUCUCUGCGGAACCUCAUGGCAGACUACCUCAAACAGAUCAUCCAAGACAAUUUGGAUGGGCACAGCUCCAGUGAGGAUGCCAGCGCCUGCAUGCACCUUGUCAUCUGGAAGAUCCGAGAAGACGCCAAGACCAAGCGAUGACUCCCCACCCGCCGCCCUGCCACCAUGCCAUGCCCCUUUCCUACAGCCCUGA